UCCUAGACGCGGGGCCUUGGCACGCGUCUCUCGGCGCGGGGUUCCUCUCACGCAGCCACCCUUUCAAAAGAUGCCGAAGGGGCGGCGCGGCAGCCAGAACCCCAAGAUGAGCCAGCGGCCGGCUCCGCCCCUCUACUUCCCGUCGCUCUAUGACCGGGGCAUCUCGUCGUCUCCGCUGAGCGACUUUAACAUCUGGAAGAAGCUCUUUGUGCCACUGAAGGCGGGCGGGGCGCCGGCGGCCGGGGUGGCGGGGGUAGCGGGGAUCCGACCCCUGCCUCUGGCACCCCCAGCUACGGUGCCGCCGCCGCCUGGCCUGGGUCCCCCUAGCGAGCGCCCGUGCCCUCCGCCCUGGCCGUCCGGCCUGGCCUCUAUACCUUAUGAGCCUCUGCGCUUCUUUUACUCGCCCCCGCCAGGGCCCGAGACGGCAACUUCAGCCCUGGUCCCCGGCUCCACGACCUCCUGGCUCGCCUCCGCCUCCCACCCCGAGGAGCUGUGCGAGCUAGAGAUCCGGAUUAAGGAGCUGGAGCUGCUCACCAUCACUGGAGACGGCUUCGACUCCCAGCGCUAUAAAUUCCUGAAGGCGCUGAAAGAUGAAAAAUUACAAGGACUGAAGACGACCAGGCAGCCUGGAAAGUCGGCCCCUGUCUCCUGAGGAGCUGCCCUCCAGAGCCGGGCAGCCACCUCCUUAGGUGUUAGUGCUUAGAUAAUGUGUCCUGUUUGUUGUCAUUUCGAAGAUGGUUAUUUUCUGUUCUGUCUUUACUACUGUUAUUGUUGCUCCUGGA